CUGGUGAGCUGAAGCGAUGUAGCGGUAGCUGUUAGUACAAACAAUGAUGGCGUAGCUCAAACACACUGCAUUCAUCUGGUAUUAUCAGGGAGAAAAUGACUGGAAAGAACCAAUAUAAUGGCUUCCAGUCUGCUACAACAACUGCAACGGGGACACACACGUAUAUCUUUGGGAACAAUUCCGAGGCGGAGUACUCUGAGGAGGAUGGCGAGAGUUACGAACUGCGCUCCAGAGGUCGAGAGAGGCUGCGCUGCAGUGCCUCCAGAGAGAGGAUGGAUGACAUUGUCUACGUAGUGAGAGACAUUAAGGAGGGAGACACCCUGAUUAGCAUUUCUCUACAGUAUUUCUGCACGGUUGCUGACCUCAAACGAGCCAACAGUCUGCUGACGGAGCAGGACUUCUUCGUCCUGAGAUCCAUCAAGAUCCCCGUCAGAAGGUUCAGCUCAUUCACCGAAACUCACAGCGCAGCUCCACACAAAACCGGCUCGCCCAGCGGCGUUCACAGAGUCUCGGAAAUCCAGCCCGACACAGGUGCUGCUGACUGCUCCCCAUCUUCAUCUUCCUCCACCGACAGCGUGGAGUGUUUCCUGCAGGAGAAAGACAGGGACAUAGAGCUUCUGGUUAAAUCGUCACUGAGCGAAGUCGUUUCCUCGCUGAACUCUCAGCAGCAACCUUUGCUGGGAGAGGCCGAGCGCAGGCCGGUCGUCAGGAAAGACCCCUACUACGGAGCGGACUGGGGCAUGAGGUGGUGGACUGCAGUAGCCAUCAUGCUGGUGGUGGGAAUUGUCACGCCGGUGUUCUAUCUGCUGUACUACGAGGUGCUGAUGAAAGCAGACGUUAGUCACCACGCUACCACGGAGUCGAUCAGGCCGGAGCCAACGCAAUCAGACUUUGGCGCUCAUCCUGUUUUGCCUGCUAAGGCUGUGGCUCACGAGAACUCUAUUAUGCAUUCAGCUGUUGAACAUGGGGCGUCGGUUCUAGGGAAGGACCAGAAAACAUAAAAGGGACAGACGUGGACCUGUGCGUUUGCAGAAUAAUUAGGGAUUUGUAAUUAUAACCACUGUUGUAGUGAUUCUACCUUACAUGCCAAGUUAAUUGGUAUUGAACCACUUGAUCAUGGGGGCAGUUGAGUCAGUGAGCAUUUAAGUGCAGAAGAAGGGCUGGGUUUUUUUUUUCGUUUUGACUAACACACUUGUGUGUAGUAGGCGACUGCAUCUUCACCUGCACUAGACAAGUUCAUACAUGGAUCAGCUUUGUAUACCGAGAGACACACCCUGAUCCCACUAACCCUCGUCUCUGUGCAGGCACCAUCAAUCAGCCAGCAGAGGUCAUAAUUGCAUCAGUUAUGAGGAAUCCCCUUCAGCAACAGGCCAAUCAUUUUUAGUGUAGGCGCCCAACCUGCCGGGAGCAGAGCUGAAAUUCGAACCGACGUGUUUAAGAUGUCAGCUCUGGUGUGCUAGAGUGUUUUACCACUCUGGAAGAAGAAAGGCUAUUGGUUACACUGAAGCAUUGUCAUUUUUGGUACACUAUAACACCAACGUACAGCACAAAUCUCUGAUUCCACAGAGCAAUUUUUGGAAUUUUGAAAGCAAAUUGUGAAGGUAAAUCUUAAAUACUAGAGCUAACGAUGCUGAAGUCAUUGUGUUAAACUCAAUCAGUGGCCUAAAUAAGCUCAUUUACCAUUUAAGAGUGCAGCUUGUGUCACAGCAGCCCAUCAUGGGGACGUUACUAUUUUAUUCAUUGUAAAUGUCUGGCAUUAGCAAGUACGACAGCAAACUGACAUGCCCCACAAAAAGACCUGCACCAGAGGAGAGUUUGAUCAUUGACUUGCUCAGAUAACAACUACAGCACAUUGCUUUUUUCAGUUCUCUAGCUUAAUCUUUAAUACUAGGGACAGAAAAUGUCAACCAAAAUUUUACCCAGUGCAGGAUUAACUUGGAAAUAAAGUCAGAUAUCCUUACGUACAAAAAUCACCAAACUUUGCCGGACUUUGUCUCUCCAGAGCAAAAACUAGAGUGCAUCACUGCUCUAAUCAAUCAGUUACAUGAUAAAUUACAUAAGCCACAUUUCACAAGACUGAUAACAGCCUAGAACAAAUAAUACCAGUGAUAAGGCAUUGUUUUGCAAACAUCAGGCUGCCAACUGUAACUAAAGCAUUGUUUAAUAAUAGCUUUAGUCUACAUUUGUAUACUAUUAAUAACUGGAUUGAGUGGUCAGAGGUUAAGGAGAAUGAAAUUAUAUUCUGGGUUCCUUUAAAAUAUACAAAAAGGUUCCACUUACCACAAGCGUAGCUGAUCAACCAAGACAUACAGUAUCUGCCGUCCACUUUAGUCUUGCACUGGAAAUACAAAGCCAAUGUAAUUAUAAUGAAGACCAACAAUAAUUCAACAAUUUUGAUCUGGCUUAUUCGACAUUCAGUAAAUAAUAUUGUAUUGUACAAUUUAUCUCAAAGGCUGCAAUAUGAUAAAAAUAGAACUUUACUGUGUAGGUGAAAGCUGUGAGGUAAUGAAAGCUGUCGGUACUGGCUGUACUGGUAAAUAUUGAGGUAGAUUAAGGGUGAGCCAUCCAACAAAUCACAAAACUAUUACAGUUCAUAACAAUAAUCAAAGGCAGUGGCGUGGCAUUGCGGUUUAUUGCACUAAUCGACCAUCAACGAGAUCAGGGUUCAAAUGUCAGUGGUACUAUCGGUCAGCCUGGCAUCUAAACAGAUCUGCAUUGACGCCCUGUCCGGUGUGUUCCAGCACUGCAUUGACGCCCUGUCCGGUGUGUUCUUGCACCCCCAGUGUGUUCCCGCACUGCAUUGACGCCCUGUCCAGUGUAUUUUUGCACUGCAGAGACGCCCUGUCCAGUGUGUUUUUGCACUGCAGAGACGCCCUGUCCAGUGUAUUUUUGCACUGCAGAGACGCCCUGUCCAGUGUAUUUUUGCACUGCAGAGACGCCCUGUCCAGUGUGUUUUUGCACCUCCGGUGUGUUCCCGCACUGCAUCGACGCCCUGCCCGGUGUGUUCCCGCACUGCAUUGACGCCCUGUCCGGUGUGUUCCCGCACUGCAUCGACGCCCUGCCCGGUGUGUUCCCGCACUGCAUCGACGCCCUGCCCGGUGUGUUCCCGCACUGCAUCGACGCCCUGUCCGGUGUGUUCCCACACUGCAUAGACGCCCUGCCCGGUGUGUUCCCGCACUGCAUCGACGCCCUGCCCGGUGUGUUCCCACACUGCAUCGACGCCCUGCCCGGUGUGUUCCCGCACUGCAUCGACGCCCUGCCCGGUGUGUUCCCGCACUGCAUCGACGCCCUGCCCGGUGUGUUCCCGCACUGCAUCGACGCCCUGCCCGGUGUGUUCCUGCUCUGCAUCGACGCCCUGUCCGGUGUGUUCCUGCACUGCAUCGACGCCCUGUCCGGUGUGUUCCUGCACUGCAUCGACGCCCUGUCCAGUGUAUUUUUGCACUGCAGAGACGCCCUGUCCAGUGUGUUUUUGCACCUCCAGUGCGUUCCCGCACUGCAUUGACGCCCUGCCCGGUGUGUUCCCGCACUGCAUCGACGCCCUGUCCGGUGUGUUCCCGCACUACAUUGACGCCCUGCCCGGUGUGUUCCUGCUCUGCAUUGGCGCCCUGCCCGGUGUGUUCCUGCUCUGCAUUGACGCCCUGUCUGGUGUAUUCCCACACUGCAGUCAGGUUAAUUGGAGACACUGAAUUGCCCUGAAAUGUGUGUGUAUGCGUGUCUGCCCUGCGAUGGAGGGGCGCCCUGUCCAGGGGUCUUACUGUGUGCCUUGCGACCAUUGAAAACCUGGGAUAGGCUCCAGCCUCCAGCAACCCCCCCCCCUCCUCCGCAACCCUAAUUGGAUAAGCGAUUAAGAAAGUGAGUGAGUGAGUAUUUGGCUCCAGUGGGGAAUAGAGGGGAGACGAUCAGGUCCUUGCUGAUAUGCUGAACUUGUGAGUUAGAUUUUUGCUAAACCCCCAAAAAUCUUAAGCUGCCAAGCCGUAACUGCAUUUAAAUAACUGUUAACGGGACCAUUCUGCUACUGCUCGGACAUUACGUUUGAGCUACAUCGAACUGACAGUCUGCUUAUUGCAUUUUGCACAUUUUUUCCAAAUAAUUGUUUCUGCAUUGGCUAUUUUCUCGCCAUGUAACUGUAUUAAACGUAACAUUCUUAUUAAUGGUAAAAUUAACACAGAGAUAAUGUCUCAUCAGGGAUGUACACACUAAUUUAUUUUCAAACAUGGUCAUAGUUACAGCAAAUCAGUAUUGAUGCUAAGUUUUUUUUCUUUUAAUUCAGUUUGACAUUCUUAUUAAAUUUGACAAUAUGAUGCGACAUGUUCAAUACUCACGUGAAGAUUCAAGUUGCAUCUCCUAACCAUGUCUGUUUUGGUUAAUGAUGAAUUCGAGCUGUCUGUGCCUUCGGCCUGUGGAACGUAGUUGCAGGUUGAAUAAUUACAAAUAAAUGAAAUAUUUUAGUA